GAACUGAUACAGUUCCAGUUCCGACGAAGAAACUGAUCGACACACCAUAUCCAUUAGUACUUGUGCAGCAUAGGAAUAGCGUAGGAAUUAGCGCAGGAAUUCAGCUUAGGAAAUAGCUUUGAAAUUCCAGAUUCGGGUUUAAAGUUGAAUCUUAUCCUACUCUGGAACCGAUAAAGUUAUAUCCGGUAGUACUUGUGCAGUACAGGAAUAGCGUAGAAAAUAGCGCAUUUUAACACAUUUCCUGUAGUGUUUCUGUUCCUGCAUGGAAUACAUGGCGAGGACACGUGAGUUACGAAAUUCAAAAAAAAUAUGUUCUGUCACUCCCAAAACAACAACUCCAUCAGUUGUCUUACGAGCGUAGCGUAAUUUAUGGACGGCCCAACUUGGUCUUCCGUGCAGCUAUGAUUGAAUGGUAGGAGCGUCAUCGAGAAAUCCCAAUACCUAGUACUGUAGUUGCGAUGUUGCCAUGUAACGCUCCACGAACUGGCCGAGCUGGCCGGAUAUCCUGAGCCCGUCUAUUCUCAAGCCUUGCGGACGCAAUAACUCCUGCAGUUGUGCGAUGACACUGCCAAAGCUAAACCAACCCGAUAAGACCAUCGUUCUCCCCCCUCACCACACACACACACAAAACAAUGGACAAACCAUCGAGCACUGGGUAUUGAAUUGGCAGGAAUCGGGUUGGUGCCCGAUCACACUGACUUGCACGUACGCAUUGUUCCGAGGUGAUUACGGCCCGAUUCGAUUGCGUCAUCUGUCACGCUAAUUUGACCGAAAAAAAACAGGUAAUUGCUAAAGCCAGCAGAGCGCUUGGGGUAUUGAUGUAAGAGGUUGAUUGGUGGACGCUAGCAGACACACCGAACCUCACGUCCAACUGUACCCGGGCACAAGCGCCGGGCCUGGAACGCAAAGCUGGAAGGCACAAAAAGCCUCUUCCCUUUGGAAACUAGUUGCAUCACGCAAGGAUCCUAGCGACCUCGAUGGGCACCUGAAACUACAACAAAAACAGCAAUUCUGAGCAAGCCCAAUAUCGCGCCCCGCUGGCAUUAUAUGAGUCAAGGUCAAGCAACGGCAGUGACAAUUAGAAAACUUGCAGCAAUCACGCCAACCGAAGGAACCUAGAACCUGUUGGAGGGACCCAACCUAGCAUGUCAUCCACUAUUAACUACGCUUGGAGGUCACAGCAAGGGGACGGUGGUGUGGUCCCGAAACCAGCGACAGCCCUGGUGUAGGCUGUUGGUGCUUGCCCCACUGCACCACUUGUUGUUGGGUGCGAGCGGCUGUGGAGCGAGGAGCCGAAUUGAUUAAAUAGAGGAACGGACGACUACGCCGUUGCGGUUAAACGCUCAUAACGCUACGAACGAUUAAUUCUGCUUUCCCCAGCCCCUCCAGCAGGAAUAGACAGUAAACAAUCGGGGCUAGUCGGCAGGCAGGAAUUCUUGAACAUCCCUCCAAGGUCCAAUGGUUGGUGCUCAUGCAAAACUUUGUCAGGAAAAAGGCUUCCGAUGGAAAAAAAACCCGCGUUUAAACACAGCACAGCACACUGGUCCGUGUCUUGCGGCAGAGAGGAUCCGUUAAUGAUGUAGUUUGAGUCGUUUUUUUGCGGGAAGGAACGGAAAAGCCGACCUACCUCCAGCUCUCAAUGGCGAAGGUCAAUCAUACUUUCAAGAAGUUCCGAAAUACUUCGUUUGCCUUUACCUUGCCUUUUGUUUGAUUAUAUCCCCCCCCCCCCUGGCCCGAACUGUCUUCUUUUCCUCUUGCUGCUCCUCUUGUGCCCAGACAUUGACAAAGAGUGAUGGACGGGAACGGGGAGCGAAGCAAAUUCAGAAGCGGUAGAGUUCCCCGGGCACAAUUUAUUGCCACUGCUGCGAGGGAAAUUGGGUCUUGGCAGUCGUCCUGCCACGUUCCUCAUUCGCGGUGACGUCUUGAGCGCGGGCCUGUUCGCGAGUUGGCGACUCCCGCUUCAACUACCCCGCCCGGCAAUAUUCUCAAUCAGGCGGCACACCACCCGAAGAAGCCGCACGAUGUUUUUUGGGGUUACGAUUAUUAUCAUCAAGUUCGUUUAUUAUUUUUAUUAGUAUUGUUACUGCCGGGGCGCUUCGCCCGCUCCCAUUUGUCAUUAGCUAGUGGGAGCAUCCGCGGCAGUCGCGUUACUAUUAUUAGUUUACCCGGCUGUCCCUGCCUCGCCUACCCCGGUUCCCUGUCGCGCGUGUUGAUUAUGAGAGGUUUGGUUGUGGCUUUUGCGGGAAAACCUUGGAACUCCUGCCUGCCUUUGCGGGGAAGCUCAAGGCUUUCCGGGGUCUUUUCUUUUUUUUUUUUUUUUUGAAUACCAAGACCAAGUCGAAAGAAUUUUUAACGUUUAGACUAUUCAGGUAAACCAUGGAAAGGAGUGAGCAUGAUGGGACGAAACGUUCCGACAUUCAUCCAGCGACCGAACGAAGACAGGAACGAGACUCGAGCGUCGAGUUUUGUCCUGGUGCUUGUACACAGUCGGUCCGGACGUACCGGACGGUUUAGUUCAUUGCUUCCGCUCAUCUCGAGCAGUUCGUUCAAUUAAUCUCGGCCCCACCCCAAGCCCAGCAUGGCACUGGUCAAGGGCGAAGACAGCCCGCCGCGACCGCCGGCCAUCGUGUCGUACGCGUUCGAGAAGGAGCUGAUCAACAGGCAGAACCGCUACAUCCGGCUGUACGACAGCUUUCUGCCGAGCCUGAAGCGCGUCCCGAUCGCGAUCAAGUUCUGGUCCAAGUACGACUCGACCGCGGCCGGCCGCAGCGGCCUGCCCAACUUCGACCGGUACUGCGCGCUGGUGGAGAAGACGAUUGCGGAGGGACCGCGCGACCGCUACCCAGAACCAGUCACCGAGAGCCAGUGCUACGGUUGGUACUGCGAGCCGUGCUACCGGUACGAGGGGCGCGACAUCCACCUGCUGUACCAUCCGAAGAAGCGCUCCCCGAUCACGCUGGUCGGGGAGAAGAUCAACGCGGACCGCAUCACGCAGCGACCCCGCUUCACCGGCGUACCGUUCAAGCUCACCUCGUAAGACACCAGGCACCAGUGAGCAGGAGCAUCAAAUUCAAGCUAGAACUACAGCGCCAUCUGUGUACUGUUUAAGGCACUCCGUUUCGCUUUAUUAGUGUUUUUGUGUUUGCCGCGGUUGUGCAUUCUAGGUGUCAGUGGUAAAUAAAUAAGUAAUUAAAACAAAACAA